GUGGCAGAGGCGGCAGGCGCGCGCGAUUGCUCCCGAAGAAUUGUGGUUCUCUGGCCUUCAAGCCACCUGCUGAGUCUGCCCAGUCCACUGCCAGUUGUUGCCAUACGAUCUGUGGCGAUCGUGGUUCUUGCUCCCAGUUUCCCACCCCAAGUUUCACGGUGGCUAUCCACAACAUGACCGACCUCGAGUCUACCGGACCUGUCGUCUGGCCAAAAUGGUGCUACUCAAAUGGGCAAACGGAGGGCCCGGAGCUGCCGUCGGGCCUCAGUGUGACGCCGGCCGUCAAGCGGCGGCGCAAGCGCACCCUCGAGUCGGCCGACGUCAAGCGCGAGAGCAGCACACCCGAACGCAGUCCCAGCGGCUCGCCGCGCUCGCUCAGCUCCCAGCGCUCGCCGCACGAGCGCCACAGUCCGGCCACGCCCGCCUCGGCCGCCACGCCCGUCACCAGCCAGGCGCUGCCGCCGCGCAACUACAGCGACUUCAUGCGCAGCCUCGCCGCCAAGUACAACAACAACAACCCCAACGAGUACUUUGCCGGCCAGGCGAACGGCCUGCUGCGCGGCUUUGACUACAGCCGGUACGGCCUGAAGCCGGGCCACACGCCGCUGCUGGCGUCGCCGGCCAAGGAGGAGAAGAAGGAGGAGGUGGCGCCGGCGGCCAAUCCGCUGCUGGCCGUGCAUCCUCACCUGGCGGCGCUCUCGGGCCUGCCCAUGCUGGACGUGCUGUCGAUGGUGCGGCCGGGCCUGACGCCGUCCGACUACCUGGCUGCCGGGCAGACGGCCGCCGCGGCGCCGGCCGGCAAGCGGCCGCCAGAGGGCGCGCCUCUCGACCUUUCCAACAUGAAGCGGCCCCGCCUAGAGAAGGGCUUCAAGGAGCUGUUCGGGCUGAAGGAGGAGGCGGCGCGCGUGGGCAGCGCCUCGCCGCGGCCGUCUGCCGAACUAGCGGCCGCCCUGCACGGCUCGGCCUGCACGCAGAAGCCGUGCUCGCCCGAGGCCGAGGCAGUGUCCUCGUGGGGCGUGGACGAGGUGUGCUCGUUCGUCCGCUCCGUCGACGUUUGCGCCGAGUACGCUGAGACGUUCAGGGAGCACGGCAUCGACGGCAGCACGCUGCCGCUGCUGAGUGCCGAACACCUGACCAACAUCCUGCACCUGAAGCUGGGCCCGGCGCUGAAGUUGCGCACGGCGCUCAGUCAGAAGAUCGGCCACUGCGCUGUCUGCAUGCACUGCACCCACUGCCACGCCACCAAGCCGACCGCCCGACCGAUGCUGCCGUUCUCGACGCCGAAGAGCCAGUGACUGCCGCCAGUUCGUCGUCGACGGCUGGGAACUCCGAGGCGUCGCUGCCACCGGAGCUGGCCCGUGCAACAAAUCUGGAGGCUCUUCGUUACAUUGUAUCCGACGACGAGGAAGAAGCAUCAGCGGUGGUAUUGUCGUUGUAUAGUGAUGUCUGGCAGACUUGUGGGCUUCAAGGCCAAAGAGUCGUUACUGAUCGGUGAAGAGUUCGCCUUUGUUUGUUGUUACGCAUAUCGAGCUGGCCCGCUUCUCCAGAAUUAUGGCUGGGUGACCACAAAGAUGUUUGCUCCGUAUGUGGAUUAGCGAAUUUAAAUGUCAUGUUGCAAUUGCAGACUUGCUGGCUCCAAUGUCUAUGAUUAAGUUGUUGUAGAUAAGUACAUGCUAACCCCUGGAGGGUGCUCAUAAAUAAUCCUAUAGCUCGAUGAUCAAUCGGGCAUGCGUAAUGUGUUCUUCAUGGUGGCCUCACUGGACUUCAUUCGGCAAUUACGACGUAAGCACAUCCCUCUCUUGGACGUCUCAUCUGUGUAAGUCGUCUUAUUCCGAGCCGAUGGUGAAAUGCUUCCACUCUUGUUUAUGUCUGUGCCGCUUUCAUCAGCUCUUACGAUGACUGUUAUUAUACCACCUUUUCACGUACCUGCACUGUGCACAGAAUGAUCAGUGUUCUGAUGAGUGUUUGCAUUAUGAUGUUAUCGGCUGAGCUACAUUGGGAGAUGAAGUGAUGCAAUAUUACAUACGACCGUGUUUUGAUAACGAGCUGUGAUACAAAUACACAUGUUUUAUCAAAG